GGGCUCGUUCUGCCUUUGGGCCAGCCUGAUUUCGUGGAACCCACAGGCCGCCUGGGCAAAAUGGGUCCGCUGGAAGCGUGUUUUGGGGCUUGGCCCCGCCCUGGCUUGGGCUCUUCUCCGUUGGAAUCGCUCAUACAUGUAAAAUCGUUGUAAACAUAUUAAAAAAACAAAAACAAAAGUGGAGCUUGAUCAAAACCAAAAAAAAAAAAGAGGAGAAACCCCUUUCAACCCCGUCGGGUCGUGUACUCAGCACCUCCCUCUAGUGCUAUAGCGGCAGUCUGUGACUGCGCAUUGCUUAUUGAAGAAGCAGGUCCAAUGAGCAAACAGAGACCGCCACCGGAUUGGAGAUUUUGAAUUUCUAGGGUUUUUAGUUCUGCUGGUUAGGAACUGAAGUUUUUUGAAGCUGCAGUUCUUACGGAUUUUGAAUAUUUGAUCAUAGUCCUCGUCUAAGAAUUGAUUGAAUGUUGCAGAAUCGGUUUGUAUGUUGACCAGAGGACGAAGUCAAUUUUAAGUUCGUUCUUCUAUCUUGACUAGUCCAAUGGAACGUUGGUCUAGUACAAUCUGUAAUAGCACCUCCUCUUGAAUAAGUCGUAAGAAUAACACGAAGAAACCCCUUUCAACCCCGUCGGGUCGUGUACUCAGCACCUCCCUCUAGUGCUAUAGCGGCAGUCUGUGACUCUGUCUGUGACUGCGCAUUGCUUAUUGAAGAAGCAGGUCCAAUGAGCAAACAGAGACCGCCACCGGACCCAGUGGCUGUGCUGAGAGGUCACCGCGCCUCUGUCAUGGACCUCUGUUUUCAUCCAUCCCAACCUCUCCUAUGCACCGGUUCCGCAGACGGCGAGUUGCGGAUUUGGGACACUAUCCAGCAUCGGACUAUAUUAUCAGCAGGGUACUUCAUGGUGCAUAAUGCUGCACAGGGGAUUGCUUCUCUUGCUUGUAGUUCUUCAAUUGGAGCCAAUAAAGUGAUCAGCCAGGGUAGGGAUGGAACAGUGAAGUGUUGGGAUAUUGAAGAUGGAGGUCUGUCCAGGACACCUUCUGUUACAAUCAAGACAAACUCUUACCACUUUUGUAAACUUUCCUUGGUGAAGAGACCUCAUUCUAGUUCUAAGCGAGUUUACGGGACUACGCAUAAUGACAGUGAUGAAAUAAGGGUUAGGGAGAAUGCUGAUGCGGAUGCUUUAGACAAUAGCAGAGAAAAGUUUCAAGAGUAUCUGCCUGAGCAGUCCAGCACCUUUGAAGAAAAUACUCAAGUUGAGGGAUCUAAAUAUGUCGCUGUAGCAGGGGAGCAGCCUUCUGAGGUUGAGAUUUGGGAUCUUAAUACUGCAGAAAGGUUUGCACGGCUACCUCAAAGCUGCGUUGCUGGUUCCUCAGGUAUAUCUACCACAGAGAGAGGAAUGUGCAUGGCGGUUCAAGCAUUCUCACCAUCCGAAUCACAGGGAUUCCUAAAUGUCUUGGUUGGUUAUGAGGAUGGUUCCAUGCUUUGGUGGGAUAUUAGAAAUCCAGGGGUUCCAUUGACCUCUGUCAAGUUUCAUUCAGAGCCAGUUCUAAGUCUAUGCGUUGAUGGGUCAUGCAAUGGUGGUGUCUCAGGAGCCGCAGAUGACAAAGUUGUGCUGUACAGUUUGGAUCAUUCCAUGGGUACAUGUGUGAUCAAGAAAGAAAUUAGUUUGCAAAGACCUGGCAUAUCGAGCACUUCUAUUCGACCUGAUGGUAAAAUUUUUGCAACAGCUGGCUGGGACCAUAGAGUGAGAGUAUAUAACUAUCGCAAAGGCAAAGCUCUGGCGAUAUUGAAGUAUCACCAUGCAACGUGUAAUGCUGUUUCUUAUUCACCCGAUUGCAAGCUAAUGGCAUCUGCAUCAGAAGAUACGACGGUGGCACUGUGGGAACUUUAUCCUCCUCAAACUUGAAAUGAUAUGGUGGUCCUGAUGUGGAAAUGAGUUUGUGUUCCCUAUAAUGUUUGUAACUGAAAAACAGAGCCAAACUCGCAGGCUUUCAGACGCAAAAGAAAGGGCCAAGUCGCAUUGAUUUGAUUUGGACAUUUAGUUUGGUGGCCAGCCUCCAAUCCAAUGGCAUGGAAUAGAGGUGCCACAUUCUUAGCCUCUGAUCUACAAAGCAAUGAUUGGCUUGGCUAUGCCGGGGAUUAUUGCUUCAAAGCUCCCAAUUUGAUCUCUCUUACUUUGCACUAGAAAAAGAGGACCCGUUGUUGACUUUAUCAAUUACUCUUGAAAUAUUUUUCAAUAUAGCAGCCGGGGAAAGAAGUUGCACCUAGAUUCUGAAUUUUUCAUAACCAGCUUUCUUUACUUCCUCUUCUUGAUCUCUUUAGGGCUGCCCCUAAAGUUCAAUUUCUACCUCAAGAUUAGGCCCGUUUUUCCAAAUUGUCGGUCGGCUUUGCUGCAAUAUUUAUGUAAUAAUAUUACCAACUCCCUCGUGAUUAUUACUAAUUAAGCCAUUGUAUAUUUUUUAAUGUAAGCAACAGACUAAACUACUCUAAGUUAUUCUAAUCUAUAUAGUAGAGGAUAUUCAAACUUGAGUGUA